AUGGACAAAACAGCACCUGUCCCAAAUUCCAAUUCAAACAAUUCAGUGAAUAACAGCGGCGGAAUUGGUGGUCCUACUACAAUUUUACCCGCCGCACCUUUUCCACAACCAGCUCCACGUUCGCCUUCUAGUUCUUCUGCACAAACUGAUUAUAGCAGUUCUAAUAAUACAGCUACAGCUGGCUCUUACGAUUUUUUAUAUGAACUUGUACAAAAACGAAUCACUACUUUUACAUAUUUAAAACAGGCUCAUGAAGGAAGAAUACACUGGUUUAACACGGUGUGUUUAACUCCAAUACUUGAUAUAACAAACCCUCAAGAUUAUGUUAAAGCUUUAAAUGUGAUGUUGCAAGAAUUCGAAUAUCACACAAAUGAGCAUGCAAAGCAGAAAAUGAAAAUGUUUUUUAGAAAAUCAAAAAUAGUGAAAGAUGAGGAUACAUCAUUUCAAGAGAAUGGAGAAUACACUUAUUUAUUUGUGCCUAAUAUACCCUUUGAUUUGGAUUAUUUUCAAACAUUUUACACACUCUGUGAUAUUCUAGUAGACGUUUACAAUAAAUUAUUGGAAGGAACUGCUACUACGCUGACAGCAUCAUUUACAGAGAGUGUAUUAAAAGUCGAUGGGAAAUUCAAGAAAAUAAUUGCGCUUGUGGCCAAGGAAAUUGACACAUUGGCUCGUAAUACCAUCAAAGAAGAAUUGAGACCCAUGGAUCCAAUUAUGAUGAUAGGAAACGCAGGCGUUGUAGGAAGCAAAAUGAGUUCUUCAAUGAGUAUUAAGAGUAAUAUUAGUAAUACUACUACUCUUAUUGGGAGUGAGAUUUUGGAUGCCGGAUGGAGUGCUGCAAUUUGA